UAUAAUAAAAGAAGAGGAACCAGAGACAUGGAGAAUAAAACACGAGGAUCAAGGAGAGUUUAUUGAAGAAAGUGAGGAGAACAAAAAAUGGAGUGAAGUUGAGAAAAAUCAUGUCAAAACUGGAGAAAAACCUUUGAGUUGCUCUCAAACCAAACAGAAACAUCUAAAGAAAAGAAGAGCCAAGAAACCUUUCACCUGCACUCUGUGUGGAAAGAGUUUCACAUACAAAUGUCAUCUUGAUUUUCACAUGAGAAUCCACACUGGAGAGAAACCGUUCACAUGUAAUCAAUGUGGGAAGAAUUUUGUACGGAAAGGAAACCUUAAAGAGCAUAUGAGAUCUCAUACUGGAGAGAAACCGUACACUUGUGAUCUGUGUAAUAAAACAUUUUUUAGGGCUUCAGACCUGAAGAAACACCAGACAGUUCAUACAAAGGAGAAGCCAUAUUCAUGUUAUUCGUGUGGAAGGAGUUUUUCACGUCUUCCAUAUUUGAAAGAACAUCAGAAAAUACAUACUGGUGUGAGAGAGUACAUGUGCUCUGAGUGUGAAAAAACUUUCAUUACAGCGAGUGGUUUAAAACAGCAUGAGAGGAUCCACACUAGAGAGAAAUCUUAUAAUUGUCCACACUGCAAAAAGAGAUUCAGUGAUUCAGGAGACCUAAAAACACAUGAGAUGUCCCACACUGAAGAGAAACCUUAUAAGUGUUCACACUGUGACAAGACAUUCAAUAGGUCAACAGACCUGAAAACACAUGAGAGGAUCCACACUGGAGAGAAACCUUACAAGUGUUCACAUUGUGACAAGAGAUUCAAACAGUCAUCACAUCUAAAAAAACAUGAGAGGAUCCACACUGGAGAGAAACCUUAUAAGUGUUCACAUUGUGACAAGAUAUUCAAUAGGUCAACAGACCUGAAAACACAUGAGAGGAUCCACACUGGAGAGAAGCCUCACUCAUCACAACUUAAGGAUCACAUGAACAUCCACACUGGAGACAAACCGUGCUCAUGUGAUCAAUGUAAUACAACAUUUUUGAAUAGAUUCAUGCAAUUCGGGUGGAAAGAGUUUUUCACAUUUUUCAAUUUUGAAAAUACAUCAGAAAACGCAUACUGUGAAAAAGCACAAGUGCUCUGAGUGUGAAAACGCUUUUACUUCAGUGGGUGGUUUAAAACAGCAUGAGAGGAUCCACACUGGAGAAAAACCUUAUGAGUGUUCACACUGUGACAAGAGAUUCAAUCAUUCAACACAUCUGAAAACACAUGAGAGGAUCCACACUGGAGAGAAACCUUAUCACUGCACUGAAUGUGGGAAGCGCUUCAGUCAUUCAUCUGCUCUACACAUACAUACAAAAAACUAUCACCGUAAGGCCCCGUACAAACAGAGAUGCAUUUAGAUGUACAUGUACAAAUUUUGUAUCCUCUUGGUGUGUCCUCUAGAGGGAUUCUGCGUUUUGGCAGCAUGAAACUGCUAAUUUUUCUUAACAGGUCCCAGAGUGGAUCAAUCUGAAAAUGACACCUUUGCAUUUUUGUGUGUAAAGCCAAUUAAAAUAUUUUGUGAAACAAUGAA